AUGGAAUAUAAUUCAGGUGGUAGUAUGAUUUUACCAGAUACUAUUAAUCUUAAUGAAAAUGAUCCUUAUGAUGAAGAUAUCGUUCAUGAGCAAGCAAAUCAAAAUGAAAUUGUUGAGUUAAUCAUGGCAGCGUUCGAAGGACAUGAGGAACCAUCUGAUGGUGAAGAUGAUGAUGACGAAUCAUCCAAUACAUCUGAUUCAAGUCAUCAUAAUUCAGACGAAAAGCAUACGUUGCAUAUACAGAAUAAUAAUAAUUAUCAUAUUGAUGAACUUAACGUUCAACAAAAUAAUGAACUGAUGCAAACUAAUCAUUCAUAUCGAUUAUUUUCAAAUCAUGCACUUUCUACUCGAUCACCCUUAGGUGUUCCUUCCACAGAUAUUCAUGAGAUCAACGCCAAUGAUAUUGAACAUUUACAACAUGAUGAAAGUAAUCAUAAUAACGAAAAAAUAUAUGUCAAUGGGAACAGUCCUAUUCUAAUCGAUCAAAAUAAUAACCGUUCAUCUAGUGUAUUUGAUCCGCUGAAUCCUCAAUAUUUCUAUCAAACAUCGUCAGUAAAUCUAUUGGAUGUGCAAAAUCAAUUGAACAAAUUGCGCAUAUUAUGCAGUGUUAAAGAUCGUAAAGCUUCUCAACUUGAAAAUCUUUGUGAAGAAUAUCGAGAAAAAUAUGAAAGUGAGCUACGAACAUUUAAACAUCAACUUCUAUUAAGCGAAAGAUCACAUUAUGACUGGGAGCAAAACUAUCAACUGCUCAAUAAAAACCGCGCAGCUUUAUUUGAAACAAAUAAUCAAUUACAAAGAACAGUUAAAAAUGCAGAAUUAAGAAUUCAACAAUUAGAAGCAACGGCAAUGCAGAUGGAAAAGAAAUCUUCUGAUUCGGAGUCAUUUGCCGAUACUCUACAACGAAAAUUGAGCGCCUCACAACAUUUUGAAUCCAUCGCACAGACACAGCAGAAUUAUGAACUUAUUUUGGCUACGAUGCGUGAAAAACAUGAACAGGAAUUAGUAACUUUAGAUGAAAAAUUACAAAAUGCUCAAAAGAAUUUACAAGAAAAGAAUGUUGAAAUUAAUGAAAUUCGAUCUCAAUUAGAACUUGUAUGCAAAGGAAACGAAAAAGUUAUAUUCGAACGUGCCGAAACAAUUAAUCAAUUAAACGCAAAAUUGCAUGAUUGUCAACAAAACUAUGCUGAUUUACUAACCAAAAGUUCAUUGGAAUCAUCCAAUCAAAUAGAAAUCAAACAGCAAUUAACAAAUAUGACGCAAGAUAAAGAAAAACUCGAAUAUAAAUGCCAAGAACUACAGUCCGAAAUUCGUACAUUGCGCGAACGCCCCGAUCAUAAGGAAUAUGAAAUUAAUAAUAAAACCAUAAAAAAUUCUCCUAUUGAUAAUCAUUAUAACAAUCAAAAGUUUACACUAGUCGAAUCGACGAUAGAUCAAAAUAUUCACUUAAAACAACGAAUCGAUGAGUUUGUAUCAAAUGAAAAACACCUUCUUGCAUUGAUUGGCGAAUUACAAAGCAAAACUCGAGAUCAAGCAUAUUCAUCGAAACGCACUUACAGUAGUAGUAGCAGUAGUUCGAAUGAAACAGUUAUAACUACAAGCAUUCACAUGGAGAAAAUUCAAGAUUUAACAGAGCAAGUCGAAACAUUGAAAAAAAAUUAUGCAGAUCUAGAAGAAAAAUAUGAAUAUGAAAAACAUGAACUACAAACUAUGAUUGAACAAUUACGUGAAGAAGUUACUGAAACUGAUAAAGUGAAACAGUUUUACAAUGGUAAAAAAUUUUCAUUUCUAUCUCUUUUCUUACUUGUUCGUUUUGGCUUAGAUUUAAAUCACGAAGCAAGUCCUACGGAAGAUAUGCUACGAACAAAAUUUGAGUUUGAGUUAAAAAGUCAACUAGAUACAAUGCGUCGAAUACUCCAAGAAGACCAUAAUGAAAAUAUUUCGUCCUAUAAAAAGACUCAAGAAAAGCUAGAACAAGAAAAUCAAGAUUUAAAAAUAAAAUCCAAUCAAGAUUUAGAACAAAAAACCAGAGAAUUACGUCAAGAAAUGGACGCAAUGAAAGUAAAACAUGAAAAACAAAUUAUUCAAUUAAACAAUGAAAUUGAUAGACUUAAAACUAAUGAAGAUGCAAAUAGUCGUUUAGCAUAUGUCGAAAAAGAAUUCGAACAAUUAAAGCACGAUUACUAUGAUCUAAACUUAAAGCAAAAAGAUUUACUAAAAUCGUGUUCAACACUUGAAAAUCAAAAUCAAAUUUUAUUAAAUUCCGCUGAAAAAUUCGAACAGGAAAAAAUUCAAUUAAAACAAACAUUCAAAGAUGAAGGGGAAAAACUUUUAAAUGAAAUAAAAGAAUUAAACGAAUUGAAUCAACAUCAGAAAGAAGAAUUAUUAUCUAUUCACAAACAUAGCGAUUCUCAUAAUAAUAAUUUAAAACAAGACAUUGAACUAUUAGAAGCACGCAUCAAUAAUUAUGAAAAUGCGAUUACUCAAUAUGAAGAAUUUCGUGCAAAACUAGAAAAGAAUUUAGAACGAAUUACAGAACACCGUGAUAAAUAUAAAGCUGACUUAAAAUUAACACAAGAAAUGUUACGAGCCAAAGGAGAUGAAUACGAUCAGUUGAAAUUACAUAUUAUUGAAUGUGAAAAACAAUUACAAGAUAAACAACAUAUUAUCCCAUAUGAAACAACAAUAAAUGAUUUACAAAAACAAAUAAAACAGUAUGAAUUACAAAUUCACGAAUUAAAGCAAACACGAAUAGUCCACAAUGAGGAUAUUGAAGUAAAAUAUCGUGAAAAACUCAUGUCUGUUGAUGUUCAAAAAAGUCAACUAGAACAAAAUCUACAAGAAGCAAAUCGAGCACUCCACCUAGCUGAUUGUCAUUUACAACAGGAAAUUUCAAAAAUAAAAGUAAGUCUUGAACAAGAAUAUAAUCGACGCUAUGAAAAUGAUCAAAAACGAUAUCAAAAUGAUUUGAAUCAGUUACGACAACAGCUAGCCAAGGAAAUUGAUAAUAAACGUUCUAUUAAUCAUUCUAUGCAGGAUACUGAUGAACUUAAAAAAAUGUAUCGAGCAGAAAUCGAUCGUUUAUACCGUGAAAAUCUUGACUUGAGUCAACAUCAAGCAAAACUUAUUGAUGCACAUCAAAAGCAAAUGCAAAUAAUGAAAAAAGAGCUAGACGACGGCUAUACUAAUCUUAUAACUGAAGUUCAACGUGAACAAACACGUUUACAAGCACGAUGCGAUCAACUUAAACAGCAACUAUUGGAAUCACAACAAAUCAUCGAACAAUUAAAGUCCAGUUUAAAUCGCUUAAAAAACAACCGUGUCAAUGAUCUAUCAAAAGUUACAGAAGUACAUGUCAAUGAAAAAAUGACUUCUGAACGUGCGAAUAACGAUCAAAUAGAUGAUCUACAAAAUCGUAUUAAACAUUUUGUUAAACUACUCGAAGAAUCCAAUGAUAAGUUAAACCAAGAACGAGCGGUGCACGCGAAACAAUCAAAUGAAUAUCAACAAACUGUAGCUUCGCUACAAGCAAAAAUGAAUGAUAUGUUGAAACGUCAAGCAAAACCCGUCGAUGAAAUCAAACAUGAAUAUCAACACGCACGUGUAAGACAUCAAAGACAAGUGACACCACGGCCAAUUAGUACAACCGAAUCUAUACAAACCAACUCAUCAGACACCGAUACGAAAACCGACGCUAAAUCAAAUAAUGAAAUAUUUCGAGCUCAUAUUAUGGACAAUCUGGAAAUCUCAAUGAAAAAACAAAUUCAAAAUGAAUUAAUCCGAAAUCGCAAUUCAAUGAUUAAAGAAAUUCGUCGAGAAAUAUUUGAAAAAUUGACCUAUGCACUGAGAAGUCAAAAAGUGCCAGAUACAACUAUUGAUAUGCAUAUAUUUGAACUUGAUCGUCUUCUAUCGCAGCUGGCGCAAGAUUGUUUAGAUUCUUUUCCUUCACCGUCCUCAUCCGUAUCAAAUUCUUCUAUUCUAUCUAUUCAAAUCAAUCCUCAACAUCGACAAAAUCGUACAGUUAUCUAUGAUUCUUCUCUAGCAAAUAAAUCUAAAGUCUUAUCAACCAAAUCUAUUGAAUGUCUUUAUUUGACUCCAGCAACAAAUAAACAACCUGCACCCUUAGCUCCACACUGUCGUGCCAUGCUCGAUGAGGAUCGUCGGCCAAAAUCAGCAUCAAAUAUUUUAGAAGAUAGUCAAAACCCUGCCAUUACAACAAUUUUAUCUCCGAAUGGACAUAAGUUUCAACGAUCGCAACAGAAUAAAUACCUUCAAAAGAAAAUGCAUCGAAGCGAAAAUGAUAUUAUGUCAGCCGUACAACCUAAUGCGCAACAAAAACCGCAUUUGAAUAAUAAUCACAAUAUAGUAAAUUUGUAUGAAAAUGGCCGUGACGAUCGACAUCCAACUGUUCGAACUUCAGCAAAAGAAUUAGAACGAAAGUCAAAUUCAUCGUCUGAUAUCUAUCAUGCUCAAACUCGACCACCCAAUAUACAUUAUGCUACUGCACGACCCAUAGUUAAUGACGAACAAGAACAAGAAGAUGAUGACGAUGAUGAUGAGUUAACAUGGCCAAAUGAACCAAUAUCUAGUAGUCCUUCAACACAGAGAAAUGGAAUAAAAAAACUUGUGUGUUCUGGUUUAAAACUUUUCAUUACGCAAUCACCACAACAUAAACGAUCAGGAAAAUAA